AUGAAUUCCCCCCAACUACCUUCGAACUUUGAGAUAUGCCCCAUCGAUACAACCCCAAAAUCCCGCUUCUUAAACUCUCCCAACUACUCAUUGCCUCAAGAAGCAGGAAAUUGUCAUAUCCCCUUAUUAAUUGCGAUACUCUUCACUCAGGUACAACACCAACUUUGUGGAAAUACCCCCACAUAUAGCACAGCGAGCAACAAUAUCCCACCGACCCAGAUGACUUCUACAGGAGCUAAUGAACUCGUGGUUCAAUUGAAGGAAUCUUUAGGCCUCUCAAAUCUGGAGCAUGGUCCAAAACUAGUGGGAGCAAUCAUAGUCGACAAUAUGCCUAACCGUGAAGCUAUAAAGAACAUCCUGAAGUCAACGUGGAAAUAG